AAAACCUUUUUGACGCAUGCGCACAACCUCUUUGGCCUAUGCGUUUUAGGGGAACCCCCCGGAUAGUGGAAUCCAUAUCCCACAAAGAGAAAGACAUGACACUAUGACACAUGGCACACUUUACGCACUCUUAUUAAAAAGACGUUGAGUAGAACUUUUUCUACAGCCGUGCGGAAAAUUGGUUUUCCCGCACCAGUGCGGAAAAUUUUUCCUCACGGCUGUCAAAAAUAAAAAUUUUAAAUUUCUACAAAUUAGGUAGUCAUACACUUAUUUCCGCACGCCUAACACUUGCGGAAAAAUUCAUUUUCAGCACUUGUUAGAAUCAAAAUUCCCGCGACAAAAUGUCCAAGGCACAAAGAACCGCCAUGGGCGAUUACUGGGCUAAAACCAUUGAAAAAGAAGCGGCACUCAGAUCCAUGUGGUUCCGUAAAAACGAGGCAAGAUUAAAUGAGAAUGCAAAUAAACUAAUAUCUUCUAGGGCAGUGCCUGAAGAGGUCAAGGAGAAAAUUAAAAAGAAUCGCAUAGAAGCAUUCCAGCAGAUAAAAAAAUUCCCAAGAAUUAAAACAGAAGACACAGUAAUAGAUUUCGAAGGCAACCUCCAAGACAUUAUGAGACCUGUAAAUCCAGAAAUUACAAAACUAAUUUACACAGGGCACAAUAAAGACGGACGCGAAAAUUACUUAAGAGAACGGGUCAAAUUAAUACCAGAAAAAAGAUUUUACUUUCCAGAAUGUACUAGUUGGGAUCAUGGCUGGAAACAGUGGCACAGAAUGAAAGAUAACAGAACUUUGGGUUUUGGAAGGCAGCAAAUCAUUAAAGCCUCCUUUUAUAGGCGAAGAGGAGUGGAAAGAGAUCCUGAGUGGUACAAAGAACCUGCGCAUAUUAAUCCAACAUUUUGUAAUAUGUGCCGAUAAAUGAUUUAUUAAAAAAAAAACAUUUCUAUAAGAUGUGAAUAUUCUACCUUAAAAACUUUAAAAAAUAAAUAAUAAUAAAGAGCUAUUCAUAAAAUACCAGAUACAUCAUACUUUGAACUCAAAAAACUAAAAUCUAAUAUCGCAUUUAAAAUACUGCCAUUUCCUUGUUACUUUUCCUUCUAUCUAGUUCAUUGUUAACUACCAAUUGGAAAACAUUAAAACGUUUCAGGGUAAUUUCCGUUCUGGACUGCUUCUUAGUUAUAGGAAGGUUUGUUUCCAAUUUUCCUUCCAAACGUUGCCUUCUCGCUUUAAUAGUUAUAAG